UUUGCAGUGUAAAUUUUCAGUGAGUUCUCAGUACAGCACAGAAGAGAGUAUGGCAGAAGAAACGAAUAUUGAAAAUUUGUUAACUAGGGAAGAUAGAUAUUAUUGUCACAAAUGUCAAUCAGAAGUUCGAAACCUUUUACCUGGCUUCCAGUGUCCAUCAUGCCAGUAUGGCUUUGUAGAGCUGAUGGAACAGCCGGAAGCCAAUGAUGAAAGUGAUUCAUCAUUCUCCGAUGUUGAUGACUUUCACCCGGUUGAAAUGUUGAGCUCAAUUCUAUCUUCGGAAUUGGCGGGCACGGGUGGAGGGCGUAGAGGAGCUCGGAGGAACAGAGACAGAUUGGAGCCGGUGGAAAACAUUCUACAAGAUCUGCUGUGAAUUUGGCCGGACUUGGAUGGGCUG